GUUUCAGUGCUUUUUGGACCACAGUCAGUACCCCCUAGUGUGUUUCCACCAUUUAAUAAAGAGCUGUGCCCUCUGGAGAAAACGCAAGAUUACAGUUUUCUUAAAAAUGAGAAUGAUGAACAAGUUCCAGUUCCGGUCUAUCAUCCAACACCUAGCCAGACUCGCCUAGCAACUCAGCUGACUGAAGAGGAACAAAUUAGGAUAGCUCAAAGAAUAGGCCUUAUACAACAUCUGCCUAAAGGAGUUUAUGACCCUGGAAGAGAUGGAUCAGAAAAAAAGAUCCGGGAGUGUGUGAUCUGUAUGAUGGACUUUGUUUAUGGGGACCCAAUUCGAUUUCUGCCGUGCAUGCACAUCUAUCAUCUGGACUGUAUAGAUGACUGGUUGAUGAGAUCCUUCACAUGCCCCUCCUGCAUGGAGCCAGUUGAUGCAGCACUGCUUUCGUCCUAUGAGACUAAUUGAGCCAGGAUCUCUCAUCUGACUUCAAGUGAACCUUCAUUUUUUGGUGGUUUUGAUCUUUUGUCACUGAGCCCAAAGAGCCAGGGAUUAGGAAUUAAGAUCAUGCACAAUGUUUCCUAAAAAUUCCUGAAUGGCUGCAGAUGUUGGGGAAAAGUACGUCAUAUUUUAGAAACUUAGGGGGGAAAGUAGGAUGGUAUUUUUAUGUAAAGCCUUGACCCAGUGUUUAAAAAAAUAUAAUUGUAUUUAGAUCUUGUUAUUGCUCCAGUACAUAGGAAUUGUGUAAAGUGUUACAGCAGCUGUUAUAUGUUUAAAUCGUGUGUGUUGAAGAUUAGGAAAAAGAUAGUGGUUGUUUUUCCUAAAUGAAAUAACUUUCUUCUUCCCCACCCAAAUUCUUUUCUGAAGUUGCUAGCAUUUGGGUCAAGGUUUUAUUAAAAGCUACAUUUUAUAACACUGGCACAAAAAAAGUAGUUUUAAGCUUGUUUGCACAGUUCUUUUUUUCCAUUGGAAAUGGAAUUCAUUGCCUUAGGUCUUUUUAAAUAGUGUAUUAUUAUCGUUGGGGCUGGCUCUAUGCUUGAAAACCAGUUUAUUUAUAACCUGUUAUAAGUGCUAUAUCUGUUUGCAGUUAGGAAAUGCAGAAUUCAAAGUGAUCUCCUAGCUUGUAAGCAAACUGAGAUGCACUAUCCCUUUCUAUAAAAAAACAUGAGUUAAUGUGUCAAGAAACCAACUCUAGUAGGAGUUUAGUAUUACCCUUUCCAAUGUGUUUUAUCUAAUUAUUUUGGUUAAUAUGGUGAUAAUUAAAAGUCAAGGUAAAUUUUAAAAAUUAAGAUUUCUGAUUUAUUGAGCUUGAAUUAUGCCACAAUGCUUAUGUAAAAAUGAAAGUGGCACCAUGGUGAAACUGAGAAAAGUUUCUCAGUUUUUCUUGUGACCUCCUUCCCUGUUGUCUUGAACCAUAGCAAAAGGAUACUGCAUCUCUUAUUAUUGUAGUGCUGAGGUUAUUGAAAUUAUACAAAACACAUCUCAGUCUCUGUUUCUUGGAAAGUCCUGCUAGCUGACUGGCAAGUCUAGUAUAAGCAAGGAUAAUUAAGAUAUAUGUAUUUCAUGUUUUGCACACAAAUGCAGAAUUUGUAUAACCACAUGACUUCAUAGUUGUGAUCUCAAAAAAAAAAGGAAUUUCUCCUUUAUUUUAUCUUGCAGUUAAUGUAAGAACACUGAAUCUCUAAGCUUCUGAAGUGUUAGAGGUAGAGAUGGUCUAGUAAAGAAGUAGUUGUAAUGUUUUAUCCAUUUUUAGCAUGUGUUUAUUUUUCCGUAUGUACUCAGAGGUGGUUUAAUUUUAUAUUGAGUUGAAUAUUUCACUCUAACACUUUUCUAGAUACAAAAUACAAGUAUCUUGAAGGUUCUUCAUAACUGCGUAUAGAGGAAUUUAGUAUGUCAUAAGUGCUUUUUAAAGAUUUGACAUUUGGCUGUAGUAUCCAUAUGUUGGUUAAUUUUCUUAUGAGCCCCAUGAUGGAAAGACUUAAAGAUGAGUUUGAGAGAAAAAAAAUGAAAGUAAUUAGAUUGUCAGGUUUAUUAAAUUGUUACAUGUAUCUUGCUUAAUUUUUGUUCAUUAAUUUAUAUCCACCCAAUUACAUAAAGCAAAUUUGGAGGAAACACCUGAAGUUGUGCAAUAUUUUUAGUGAUAUUACUGUUUUUAUCCUUGUGUUUUCUACUUAAACAUGAUGUCUGUGUUAUCAAGUAUUAUAGUCAGACUUUUUUUCUAGAUCUUUAAAUUUGGUAAAUGAACUUUUUAAAACUCAUUUUUUAUGUUGCUGUUAGUCUUUCUUUAUACAUGGCUUCUUUCACAGAAGUUUGGUAGUAUUGAAGGUACCAGUAUUGAGUUGAAUGCUUUUUUUUUUUUUAGGUACUUUGUAUUCUUUGAUUUUUGACCUUCAGCUACAUGUUAAAAACCACCAAUUUUGGCUUUUACUAAGUUAAAUAAAGUUAUAAUACAGUUGUAAA